CGUUUUCAAGUAGAGGAAAGCCAAGCUCACCUCUCUCAUCUCUCGUCUACGGUCUCUCUCACUGCCUCCGGUCUCGCACUCAAGCUCGUCGUCGCUUUCUGUCUCGUCACCGUCUCACAGUAAGCGCGCGCCUUCCCUGCGCUCGUCAUCGGCGGCGGCAGAAGCAGAAGGUUCCGGGGCUGGUUGUCGUCAUCGCUCUUUGUCUCGUCACCGUCUCGCACUCAGUCGGGCGCCUUCCAUGCGCUCGUCGCGGGAGGCGGCAGAAGCAGCACGUCCCGGAGUUGGUCGUCGUUGUCGUCUUCUUGCUUCGAGCCUCGCCAUCAGCUUCCUCCUCGCCGGCAGCAGCUGGUCCCCGAUUUGGUCAACAGGGUGAAUCAGUGACUUACCAGUUGAACCAGUGACCUAGUCGUAUGACCUAGUGACCUGGUCGUAUGACCGGGUCAAUUACUAGUUCAAUUUUGAUAACCAUGAAUUUAACUGCCCUCAGGAUUGCAAAUUGGUUCCUUUUUAUUUUUUAAAAUGGUUUUUGCCUACGCAAAUGCCCUGAAAAUUGAUCAGUAGCUCAAUACACACUGCAAAAUUCAGAUAAGUAAAAAUGCUGGGGAAGGUUUUAGCAUCAUCACUAGCUCUAGCUAAAGUUCAAUUGCGCAAGAAUCUCUACUCUAAGUCUUUGCUUCUCACUCUCAGACCUCUCCUCUCCAGUAGUUCCUUACUUCGCAAAACAAGCUUGAACUAUGUUAUAUAUACAGUUUGUGGCCAGCAACCGACUUUUGGCCACUAUGAUGUAAAAGCACAUCCUUUCUUGGGAGUCACAAGCUUUCAUUCAGGUCCACAUCUCAAGAAUAAUGAUAAGGCCAUAGAACCACACCAGGAUUCUGAAAAAUCCUCAAAUGUUGAUGGUUCUGGUAAUGCCCAAGUAAAGAGAAAAAAACUGAAGGGGAAAAGAGCAGUUGUAAGAUGGCUAAAGUUCUUUAGAUAUAAGAAGAAGAAGGAGUAUGAGAGGAUGACAACAGAGGAAAAACUGUUAUAUAAAUUGUUAAAGGCUCGGAAAAAGGAAGAGAGACUCUUAGAAGCCUUGAAGAAGAUUGAGCCUGCAGAAUCAUCAGAAGCGACCCAUGAUCCUGAGAUAUUGACGCCAGAAGAGCAUUUCUUCUUCUUAAAGAUGGGUCUCAAAUGCAAAAAUUAUGUGCCUGUUGGAAGACGAGGAAUUUACCAAGGUGUGAUUUUGAACAUGCAUCUGCAUUGGAAAAAGCAUCAGACUUUGAAGGUGGUGGUGAAGACAUUUUCGCCAGAGGAGGUCAAGGAGAUUGCAAAAGAGCUGGCAAGACUGACUGGAGGGAUAGUACUUGACAUUCAUGAAGAUAACACAAUAAUAAUGUAUAGAGGGAAAAAUUAUGCUCAGCCACCAACAGAGAUUAUGUCUCCACGUAUCACUCUUUCAAGGAAGAAGGCACUGGAUAAAUCCAAAUAUAGAGAUGGCCUUAGAGCUGUGCGGAGAUAUAUUCCUCGACUUGAGCAAGAACUUGAAAUUCUUCGAGCACAACUAAGCAGCACAACUGAAAGUAACAUAGAUGCCAUUGAGGAACUCCAUAAAGGUGACAAGGAGAGGAUUGAGUCUGAUAGAACUGUUUCUAAAUUUUUCCAGCAAGAGAACUCAGAUAAACUUGAUCAAAUGAUAAAUGAUAAGAUUGAGUUCCCAGAUGAGGAUGAGACUGGUGCUGACUCGGAUUUGGAUUCAGAUCUUGAAAAUUUAUCGGAUAUCUUUGAGACAGAUUCAGAUACAGAUAAUCUAGUGAAGGAUGAAAAGCCUCUCUAUUUGGAUGAGUUUGAUAAUUUAACAGAUCAAAGUGAUGGAGAAACAGAUGUCUUUGAGGACCAUCUUAGACAGAUAUCCUUGGAUUCAAAAAGUACAGACAAGGAUGUUGACUCACCCAAGUUUGAUGAAGUUGACAAGAUCUUUCUGCAGGCUGCAUCGUUUUUAAAGAAAAGACGAAAAUGAAAUAUUUUACGAAGGAAGUAUAAUUAUGUAAUGUUUUAGUGUUCUUAUUUCUUCCAGGUGGAGGGAAAGGGUG